GGGGCGGGGCUCCGGGGUUUCUUCCUGGGAUGGCAGCGGACGGCUCCGGAGCAAAGACUCCUGAAACUACAACUCCCAGAAAACCUGACUUAUCAGUCAGUGCAAGAAAAAUUAAGGACAAUGCAGCAGACUGGCAUAAUUUAAUACUGAAAUGGGAAACCCUCAGUGAUGCAGGUUUUACCACUGCAAAUAACAUUGCCAAUCUGAAAAUCAGCUUACUGAAUAAAGACCAGAUAGAAGUAGAGAAUAGCAACACAGUGUUGAGUGAAAAUGAAGACAAGAAGUGUCUGGAAGAUGAUAAAGAACUUGAGUCACUGUGCAAGGAACUGCAGGUCACCUUGGAUGGUUUGGCUAAAAUACAGGUGAAAAUGGAGAAGCUGUCUUCAACUACCAAGGGGAUUUGUGAGCUAGAAAAUUACUAUUAUGGGGAGGAGCACAGACGGCCCCUCCUCUUCCACACGUGGCCCACUGCCCAUUUCUAUGAGGUUUCCCGCCAGCUCUCUGACAUGUACCGGAAGGACCUGCUCCUGAAGCGCACGGUGGCCGCCGAGCUGGCACACACGGCCGACCGCGAUCUGUCCCUCAGCUUCCUGUCCAUGUGGCUGCACCAGCCCUACGUGGAGGGCAGAAGCAAGCUCCUCCUGGAGAGCAUGCUGUGCGAGACGGGCCACCGGCCGCUGUGACGCAUCACGGGCCUUUGCGCGCCAAGCAUGCCGGGCUCCGGACCGGUGUCCUCUCCCCUGCCCCCAG